AAUCAAGAGUAUUUGCUGUGUUGGUGCUGGUUACGUGGGUGGACCAACAAUGGCCAUCAUUGCUUUGAAGUGUCCUCAAAUCAAAGUGACCGUAGUUGAUUUAAACGCCGAUCGCAUUGCGGCGUGGAACAGUGAUAACCUGCCCAUUUUCGAGCCUGGUCUGCAUGAAGUUGUAAUGCAGACCCGUGGUAAAAACCUCUUCUUCACCACUGAUGUGGAGAAGGGAAUUGAAGAGUCUGACAUGAUCUUCCUUUCUGUAAAUACUCCCACAAAGACGUUCGGUAUCGGUGCUGGAAGCGCGGCGAACCUGCGCUAUCUGGAAUUGGCCGCUCGUACAAUUGCGAAGGCAUCCAAGAGUGACAAGAUCAUCGUCGAGAAAUCUACCGUGCCUGUCCGCACUGCUGCGACCCUCCGUCGCAUUUUUGCGGAGAACAACAAGGAGCACACUCUUGAAGUGGUGAACAAUCCCGAGUUCCUGGCCGAGGGAACCGCCAUCAACGACCUUCUUUCUCCUAGUCGAGUUUUAAUCGGUGGCGAGACCACUCCGUCCGGCGAAUCGGCGGUUCAGUCUCUGGUGAACGUGUACGCGCAGUGGGUGCCGCGCGAGCGCAUCAUCACCAUGAACACUUGGUCUUCGGAGCUCGCCAAGCUCACGGCCAACUCGUUCCUCGCCCAGCGCAUCUCCUCCAUCAACGCCAUCUCUGCUGUGUGCGAGAAGGUGGGCGCGGACGUCCGCGAAGUGUCCCGCGCCAUCGGAGCGGACCCGCGUCUGGGCAGCCGCUUCCUGCAGGCGUCGGUGGGCUUCGGCGGCUCGUGCUUCCAGAAGGACGUGCUGGACCUGGUGUACCUGUCGGAGAGCUAUGGAUUGACGGAGGUGGCUGCGUACUGGAAGCAGGUGGUGAUCAUGAACGACUACCAGAAGCAGCGCUUUGCACGCCGUGUGAUCCACGACAUGUUUGAUACGGUGGCGGGAAAGCACAUCGCCAUGCUGGGCUUCGCCUUUAAGAAGAACACGGGCGAUACCCGCGAGACCGCGGCCGCCUAUGUGAGCAAGUAUCUGCUGGACGAAAUGGCCCAUAUCGUUGUGUACGACCCGAAAACGUCGGAGACUUCGAUGUACAUGGAGAUGGACUAUUCGUGCGGAGUGAACGAGGAUACCGUGCCGCAGCUGAAGAAGGACCUGGUCAUGGUGAAGGAUCCGUACGAAGCCGUGAAGGGCGCCCAUGCGAUUUUGGUGAUGACCGAAUGGGACAUGUUCAAGGAUCUGGACUAUGAGCGUAUUUAUGAGAGCAUGGCCAAGCCGGCUUUCGUUUUUGAUGGUAGAAACAUUCUGGAUCACAAGAAACUGCAGGGCAUUGGCUUCCAGGUCUACGCAAUUGGCCAGAAUCUGUAG